UUACAAAAGCAAAAUGCUUUAGUUGUUCGCCACGUGGAUAGUCCCUCACAAUGUAAGAAGUUACCAAACAAAAAGACACAAAACGAGAAACCCGUUUCCUUCUGGUUCGGUUUGACGGGACUCUUCAUUUACUUCAAAGAAACCACCUCCCGCCGCCGGAAAACCGCAGCCUCACAACCACCAGCAUCGGGUUUUGUCUUGGUACUGCUUAUGUCGACUGAACAAGAAAGUCUUCACCCGGGGUCCGACGCUGUUGAUGACUGUGAUGCCUCGAAGGUGGAGGUUAAAAUGUCUGAGCCCUUGAGUGGUCAAGAUCAGGAGCUGGUCGGAAGAUUAGCUUCUUCAGCUGGUGAUCUUGCCACAGAAAAAGAAUCUGUAAAUGGAGGGUUAGAUCUGAGCAUUGAAGCUCAAAAUGUAGAAAGUGAGAAGAAGAAAGUCUCAGGAAAGCAAGGAACUAAAGCUGAGAGCUUGGAUGAUACUGAAUCUUUUAUGGCUUUAGAGCCAUAUGAAAGCAAGGAUGAGAGUGCUUUGGAUAAUGACAAUGCCCCUGUAAGGUCGAAAGUGAAGUUCCUCUCUGACUCAGAUUUGGUUUGGGCCAAAGUAAGGAGCCAUCCCUGGUGGCCUGGACAAGUGUUCGACGCUUCUGCUUCCUCAGAGAAAGCCAAGAAACACUUCAAGAAAGGAAGCUUUUUGGUGACGUACUUCGGAGACUGCUCAUUCGCUUGGAACGAUGCGACAAAGAUAAAGCCUUUCCGACAGCAUUUCUCCCAAUUGGCGAAGCAGAGCAGUCUUCCUGAUUUUGUUGAUGCUGUUGAGGUUGCUUUGGAAGAGGUUUCGAGGAGGAUAGAGUUCGGUUUGGCUUGUUCUUGUGUAGGGAAGGAAGUCUAUGAGAGGGUUAAGAGUCAGAAGGUAAUGAAUCCUGGAGUCAGAGAAGAGUCAAGUAGGGUACAAGGGGGAGACAAGGUCUCAAGUGUGGUCUUCUUUGAACCUAAAAACCUUGUGGAGUAUGUGAAGGGUUUAGCAUGUUCUCCAAGGUAUUAUGGUUCUGAUGAGCUGAUGUUUGUGAGUCAGAGAGCUAGGCUACUCGCUUUUAGUCGCUGGAAAGGCUUUAUUGAACUUCCUGAGUUUGAGACGCUUCAGGGAUCUCUAGAGUCUGCACCCAAGAUGAAAGAGUCUGCUCCCGAACCGAAAAAGAGUACUAAAAGGAGAAAGACAGAAGACAAAGAUGAUGGAGUGUUUGAGUAUGAGGACACUGCUGUUCUGAAGAAGAAGGAGGAGAAGACUUUGGCGGAGUUCAUUGCUGAGAUACGCUUAAGCAAAAGUAAUGGGAAGAGAUCACAUGGUGAAAAGAAACGCAAGGUUGUGGAUACGAAACCGACAAAGUCUGCUAAAAAGAUGAAGGUGAACGUGCAGAAAGAAGAUUCAGGAUCGCCAGUUUCUCUUAAGAAUGAUCAGAAGGUUACACCGAAGAAAGCUAAAACAAGUUUUGGAAUUGGGGCCAGCAUAUUGAGAGUAGCAAACCAGAUGCAUUGUUCAACUACACCUACUGGACUCGUACCUUGCAGUAAGAGCAAUGGCAGUGGGAAAAGUCUCCAGGGCAGAAGUAAACCUGAAGCAUUGUCUGAAAGAAAGACUUCUCCUAAUGAAACACUUUCAAGCAUUCACUCUGCUUCUGCUACCAAAGCCUCGAAUAAGGAGUCCGGGGACUUGAAAGGCUCUUCUGAAGAACAGAUGGCAAAUAAGGAUAAGGAAGAAGCUGCAAAUAUUGUGGGUGAGAUGACUACUGAGGAGAGUAAUCUAACCGAGGAGAAAACCACAGGCUCAGUCUUGAAAGAGCAGCUUGUCAACAAGAACUGAUCUGAUGGAAGGAAGAUUCAGCUUUACCGCCUAAUGCACUAAUCAAGAACAAGACUUACGGUUAUAGACAACUUUUGUUUUCUUUCUAAGUUCAUGUUUGUUUUUGACUAUAUUUGAGUAAAACAAAACCCUUUUUGAGUGAGAAAAGGUUACAAACUUAUUUGUUGUUUCA